AUGGCGACCGCAUCGCACGACGAAAACCGGCCUCGGAGAUUCGAUGCUACCAUGUCAAGGAGGACAAUAAGAAGACCAGCCGCUGCAAGGUUGGCCACUGCUGGUUGCGACCGAGAUGCUCAUCAGCUGAAGCCACCGUCUGAGCACAAGACAUCGCCGGAGCUAGACGGAGAUGAUGGAAGGAUGGCGUGUCACCUCCAGGAGCCGCAGGAGGAAGGUCAGGAUAACUCGCGUAAUUUCUCGCUACAGGAACUGAUAGAUGAGCCGAUCAACGGCGACGACGACAGGGACCCCGGCACUGCCACCGGAAGCCAAGGAGAAAUCAGCGUCGCCACGGCCGCUCUCCGUGGUCAUGGAGUUGAAGAACCAGUUGCUGGUGCAAGGAAACAGCUGCCUGGACAUGUGGUGGGCAGGAGGGUGGUCCGACUGGUGCGCCGGUACGUUAGAGUCAAGGCCAAGCACGCGCCGGAGAAGAAGGCCGUGCCUUUACGCAUGGAUGGUUGGUGCAGAGACACGGCGACCGACCGGCCGGCAGUUUAA